UGUUUGAAUUCAACAUUUGCGCAGAUUCCUGCGAGUUCUCAGCGCCAUGAGAUUGCGCCGGAUGGCAGCACCCCUAUGCGUCGCCUUGUUUGUCCAUGUGCAGCAGGGCAGGGUGCUGCGGCCAAGCGGCCCCCAGCUGAGAACUCUUUCUGCGGGCGUGCCGUGUUGCUUCGCAGCUGGAGCCAGGGCGGCACGUGUCCGAGGCAAGACGACAGCCAACAAGCGGAGUUUGGCCCUUUUGGUAGACGGCGACCAGUAUGGGCCUAAGCAGUGCCAACUUUUGGUCGAUUUCCUUGACCAGUCUUAUGAUGUUCGAGUUCGCCGCAUCUAUGCUGCUCCAAGCAAAGCUGAAACAUGGCGCAGGCCUUUAGCCGAGGCCAGCUUCGACUUUGUAGCAGUGCCACGCUGGACUGGUGGACAGAAAGAUCCGGUUGACAUGGAAAUUGCCAUGGAUGUUAUAGAGAUGGCCAUGUCGAAGGAGUUGUGUUGCCUUGCAGUGGCAUGCGCAGAUGUGGACUAUGCAAGGGUAUUUCAGCGGGGUCGCGAGCUGGGCCAAGAUAUGCUGCAUGUUGUGCCUGCCGGGACUAACGCUUUACCGGAAGUUCCAGCCGAGAUUGCAGCGAGUUGCUCUCAGACGCUGGUGGUGAAGCGGAAGGAAGAUGGCAAAGCGGGCAAAGCAGAGAGAUAUCAGGUGACACCGGCCGAGCAAGAGGUCAGAGAUUGCUUGGCUGAUUUGGGCUACUGGGAUCCGAAAUCAGGAUUGGCAAGGCGCUACCAAAGUCGCUGUUUACGUCAAGCUAUUGCUUGCUUCGUGCAUGUGAAUGACAUCAGUAGUCUCCGUGGCUCCCACCCGUUCUUCCCACCGCGAACAGUGACAGCACAGCUGCGCGAGAUUGUUUCUCGGAAGCAGCAGUGGAAAUCUAAGCCAGAUGGCUUGCUGUGUUUGACGGGCUGCAACUCCCGUCACAAUCACCCGACCUUGGGAAUGAAGUUUUCAAAUUGGCCCUUUGUGGAUUGUUUCGAGUUUGCAACAGACAACUUGGCCGAACGGGUGCUUCGAGCCUUCGGUUAUCUCGACUCUUGGCACAAUGUGGUUGAGCAAGAAGCACGUACUUUCUUUGUAAAGCGACAAGCGACGAAACGGACAUCUCAUGACAAUGAGAUGCUUGCGGCUUUGAAAUCGGCCGACUGGUCAGAGCUCCAUCGCCUUUUUACCCGCGAUGACCUCUUGCAAGAGUGGUGCUUACCUCGGAAGGACACCCAGCUUCGGCUCGACCUGCGACGCUUGGGCUACCUGGACUCGAAGGCCUCAAAGGGCGCGAUCAUGGGGUCCAUGAAGCGAUUCCUGGAGGCACAGGGAGUGAAAGUUCCUGCCAACUACCACUUCCGGGUUUGGCACUGCCUGGAGCUGCUGCACGCACAGCCAUGCCCAGAUCGUCGAAGAGAAUGGACUGAGGAAAUAUCUCGCGGCCAUGUUCAAUAACAGGACUUUGGAGGGUGCCACUGAGCAGCAGGACUCUCUUAACUAUGGAUAAGCGUGCUUUUUCAGGGUACCCUUUUCACCUUGGUUCAAAGGAGGCCAAAGGC